AAUUAUAAAGCCCGGCUUGAAGUUAUAUUAUAUUCCGAGGAUAAGCCCCCAUGUAAAAAUUAGCUCUGGGUUAUUUAGGACCAUCUUAUUAUGGGGGGUUUGUUUAGACAUGUCAAGAUACAAGAGUAUAGCCAAUGUUCUAAAUAUCCCUAUGCGGUGGUUAGGCGUUUUGUACAUGAUUAUUGCUUAGACGGGCGCAAAAGCCGGUUUCUUAAACAGCUAGACCGAUUUUUUAGCUAGGUCAAUUUUUGAAAAAAUCGUUUUGCUCAUACCUAUUUUGCCGACUAAUCGAACGUCUGGACGCCGCAUAGACUGUUUUUUAGAACAGUGGUAAUAGCCGAUGCAUUAUAAUGUUUGUCACUGCACUACAAUACUACAUAUAGAAAUCAGUUAAACGUCAUUACAAAUAUUUCAUUACCAGCUUAUAUUUUCAUAGAUACAACAGAUUUGUUGAAUUGAAUACUUGAAUGACAAAUGAGUUGAACUGUAUUUGGAUUCCUAAAUUAAUAACGAUAUAUAUAGUUCCUUCAUGACGUAUGACAACAAUUAGCUUCUAGCUAGAAAGGAAAAAAAGUGUAUACAAGGCAUAUCAGAAAAAAGUGUAUACAAGGCAAAUUGCGUAACGUUUUUUCAUGCAAAAUAAAGUCUCUUUUCUUUUCUUAACAGAUUCUUGUUUAUAAGAAAGACAUAUGGUCUAAUACGACUUACGAAUAGUGCCAGACCUUGGACCACGCAGAAGAAUCAGAUUGUUUCCGGCCGUUCAAUUUAUAAACAAAUUUUGGCUACAAAUAAUAAAUAUUCCCUUUAGUCUAGUGGUCUAGUGUCUGUGUUCGAACCUCAUCCUCCCCAUAUCAGCUAAUAAUUUUUCCUCUGUCUUUUACUUUAAAAAGUGACCAUUUUUUUAUUUUUGCUUCCAGCCACUGAAUUUCUAGGACCAGCUCUACUCGCGAAGAUGGCUUAUUACAAAACUGAGUCUAUAACUCCUCACCUUUUCAUGUAUCCAUUUUCCAUUUUCCAUGGACCAUGUAUUCAUGGUAUUAUUAUAUCACAAACUGUCAUAUGCCACCCUUUCACACACGUGUGUAUUUGUUUUGCAAUGUAAAAACAAGUUUCUCUUGUUAUUCAAAGUUAUUACCCUAUGGACUAUCGACGUUACUUACUAAAGAAAUUGAUUCACAUGUCUAAAAGCUCUAACAGACUGCAUACGUGCUUGCAGAGACGUGAAUAAAUGAAAAUCUAUAAUAUAUAUGUCAAACGAGGGAACCGAUGGAAUUAAUGUUGACAAUACUUUUGAUUCUGUGUGUGAUCUUUCUUUUCCUUUUUCUUCUUAGAGAGUAUCUUUUAAUUGACUGUAUUUUGGGGGAAAUAAUAUUAAAAACUUUCAACUUGGUAACUUAGAAAAUCAUACUAUUGUUUAGUUUCUACAAAAACCACGAUUUUUUACCAUAUUCAAUAAUUUUAAGUAUUUUAUUUGAAUGAUAUUUAUUUCAAUGUUAAUUAACGUUUAUCAUUAAAAUUUACAUAAAAAGCCAAAUAUUUUCAAAUGUUCUUUAUACCCCUUUAGACUUCAAACACUUUACUUCUUUGGAACCAUCAAGUCAACAAACAAUAAAUACAUUCAACACAAAAUCAAGUGAAAUAUUAAAGAAAAAGAAUAUUUAAGUAAAUCCCGACCUAUAAAUAACGUCUUGUGAAAACAAUGUGAAGAAAACACACGCAAACAUGUCAGUUUCACCAUCACCUCAUCAUGUGGUUCUCUUCCCUUACAUGUCAAAGGGUCACACCAUCCCUCUCCUCCAAUUCGCCCGUCUCCUCCUCCGUCACCGUUGUGCCACCUCCUCCUCCAACGACGGCGAAGAGCCAUCCAUGUCCAUCACCAUCUUCACCACCCCACAAAACAAACCUUUCAUCUCAAACUUCCUCUCCGACGUCACAUCAUCCAUCAAAAUAAUCUCCCUCCCUUUCCCGGAAAACAUCGCCGGAAUCCCUCCCGGAGUCGAAAGCACCGACAAGCUCCCUUCCAUGUCGCUCUACGUGCCUUUCACGCGUGCAACCAAAUCUCUCCAGCCUCUCUUCGAAGAAACGCUCAAGAAUCUUCCGCAAGUCACGUUCAUGGUCUCCGAUGGAUUCCUGUGGUGGACACUGGACUCCGCCGCUAAGUUCGAGAUCCCGAGACUCGCCUUCUUCGGCAUGAACUCGUACUCGUCGGCUCUCUACAACUCCGUCUCCGUACACCAACUCUUUACCAAACCGGGAAAUAUUAAAUCCGAUACCGAACCGGUUACCGUACCGGAUUUUCCAUGGAUCCGGGUUAAGAAGUGCGACUUUGUCCCGGUUUGCACUGAACCGGAUCAAUCAGGUCCAGAGUUCGAUUUACUCAUGGACCAAUUAAUGUCUACUGGGAAGAGCCGUGGGGUUAUAGUGAACAGUUUUUACGAGCUCGAGUCACCGUUCGUUGACUACCGGCUAGGUGUUAGGGGUGAGCCCAAGCCGUGGUGCGUUGGGCCUUUGUGCUUGGUAAACCCUCCUAAACCGGAAAGUGAUAAACCGAGUUGGAUUGAAUGGUUGGACCGGAAACGAGAGGAAAGAUGUCCGGUUUUGUACGUGGCCUUUGGAACGCAGGCUGAGAUAUCGAACGAGCAGCUCAAGGAAAUAGCCUUAGGCUUGGAAGAUUCCAAGGCAAACUUCUUGUGGGUCACGAGAAUGGACGUGGGAGAAGUAGGGUUCGAGAAGAGAGUGAGAGAGCAUGGUAUGAUUGUUAGAGAUUGGGUGGACCAAUGGGAGAUACUGUCCCAUGAAAGUGUGAAAGGUUUUUUAAGCCAUUGCGGAUGGAACUCGGCGCAAGAGAGUAUAUGCGCCGGGAUUCCGAUACUCGCUUGGCCAAUGAUGGCCGAGCAGCCACUCAAUGCCAAGUUGGUCGUGGAGGAGUUAAAGGUCGGAGUAAGAAUCGAAACAGAAAAUGGAACUCCCGAAGGGUUCGUGUCAAGAGAAGAAGUCAGUCAAAAGGUUAAAAAGUUGAUGGAAGGAGAGAUGGGGAAGACUGCGAGAAAGAAUGUGAAAGAGUAUGCAGAAAUGGCUAGAGAAGCUUUGGCUCAAGGGACAGGUUCGUCAUGGAAGAAUUUGAGUUUGCUUCUUGAAGAGUUAUGUAAGAUUAGAGAAACAAAUGAUGUUAAUAAGCUGUCAAGCCAUGAUUAGAGAGCAGUGUACUCUUGGUUGUUGUUCAAUCUGACUAAGGUCAUAACCUUACUGUUCUUCUGAAUAAAAUAAAAAAUAAAAAAGUUUGUAUGUGUUAUAAAUA